AUGCUGUCGCGGGUCCUGCUUCUGUGUUUGGUGGGAUUUUCGUUCGCCGAAGUCUUCAAGAUCCCUUUGAAGAAGGAGGUGAAGAAGUCGGGGGGGCCGCAGUUUCUUCAGAGCAAUGGACAAAGGUUGGAGUACGUCGCGUUGGAUCAUGUCUUUAUUGGUAGGUUUGAAGAGAUCUGUCGAUAAUAUAAUAGCGUCAACCAGACGGCGUAGCUGCCCAGACACUCUGGGUGGGGGUCACCAUGUAAAAAAUUACUUGGUACGCCCUACUAUAUCUUUUCUUCGACCCCGGUCUGGGGACGACGUGCCCCUAUCGGUCAAUAGGAGUGACCCAUACGCCCGAGGGGCCAACAGGAUUGUGACAUUCCACUAACAGACAUAUAUCGUUGCAUGUAGAGAAAACUGCACUGGCGUCAACAGUGUCAUGGCAUUCCACAGAUAUUUAGCAACGGACAUGAACUUCCUCAUUUUCAGGUACCGUCUCCCUCGGCACCCCGCUUCAAGACGUGAAUGUUGCUUUCGAUACUCAAUCCGGCAUCUUCUGGGUGCCUGAUGACAAGUGCCCUUGCGAUGAAGACUGCUCAAACGGUAAGAGUUUCGCGCCUCCACGCUUCGUAUUACACUGAUGACUUUUAUAACAUUUACUUGUAGAACGCCUAUGCUUUGAUAUGUGCAGCUCCCAUUGCUGCUCUCAAGGCGGCGGCAACUCCACUGUGUUCGAAGACGACGACAAGAAUACAGCUCCGCUCGGCGUCUGCAGCCACAAAAACGUCUACAACCCCAAGCAAUCGAGCACUUAUGUCAGCCGCCGCGCUUCAACUGUCGAGACCUUCUUGAACAAGAACAUCACCAUCAACUUGGCCUACGAGACCUUCCGUCUUGGCCCUCAUCAUGCUGGCGGUUUUACCACAAACUAUCUUCAGUUCGGGCACGUCAACGACCUUCCCCAAGCAUAUGAAGAUGCCCAAUACGAUGGGAUCUUCGGCCUCGGACGAGUGGGACCAAGAGGAAGUAAAGCUCCAAUCAAGCAGUUGGCCGAUAAGAGAAUCAUCUCCAAUCCGGUCGUUACAUUGUCAGUAACCAACGGAAAGGAGUCAACACAAUUUUUUGACGGCGUAUUGACUGUUGGACAAAUCGAUGAGGCUUUCUGCCCCUUAAAUACAUCCAAAUUCAUCCCUGUCGCUUCAGCCAACAAGUGGAACUUCAGAGUAUUCAAGGCUACACUGGACGGGACGUCCGUAAACGAUUUGACGUGGACGGUAAGUCAAACAGGAUUAGACUUGGCUCUCCGGCCGGCCCGGGCCGAAAAUCGCCGAACAGGUCGGCCCGGCCCGUUUCAAUUUUGCUUUGGCCCGGCCCGGCCCGAACACCGGGCCGGCCCAGCCCGGCAGCCAAGUCUAAAUAGGAUUAUACAUACUACCUUUUUCUAGGCCCGAGUUGACCCUUCAUCGCCUUUCAUCCACAUCCCAAUCAAACUCUGGAACGGAAUUAAGGAUAAACUCACUCAUGACGCUGAGAAUGACCGUUACACGGCCCGCUGCAGUGUCUUGAACAGUUUGUUCAGCAGUUUUCAUAUUUACAUUGGAACCGAAGAUUGCGCUGUGCCGCGUAGCCAAUUUAUCGUUGAAUACAGCUCGCAGCUGUGCGAACUCCUGGUCCGACCAGCCGCCGAAAAAGACGACCAAUGGGUUCUGGGUAUCCCAUUCUUGCAUGAACGCUGCGUGGUGCUGGAUUACAACGGAAGGAUCGGAAUUUCGGACUUCAAAUAA